GAGGAGUCCGCAGAAAAGGGACUAUUUUGUACGUCGACGAAAAGGGUAAUGAUGCGACGGAGGGACGCAUGAGUCUCAAACAUGCCCACAACGCGCGAAACCGACCGUGAGAACCGACGACGAUGAAUAUGGAGGAGGUGGUGAAGGCUGCAGAAGAGCUGGUGCACAAUGUGAUGGGCAAGUGGGAUUCGUCCCAUGAUCCGUUUCACGUGUACAGAGUUCGCAAUCUUGCACUGUCUUUGGCAGCUGAGGAGGGCCUGUCUCCCGAGAGCUGUGAAAUUGUGGAGCUUGCAGCUCUGCUCCAUGAUAUCGACGACCACAAGUAUGCGUCGAGGUCAGCCGUCACUGCCUGUCUUUGUGAAUGGUGUCAACCUUUCUCCAGAGGGAUAAACGAGUCGAACCGACCGCAGAAGAGUUCUUGGCUCAGCAUCGGAUUGAGCCAAUUAAGAAAGAAGCCGUCAUGACCAUCAUUCAAAGCAUGGGGUUCAAAGAAGAGCUGAAUGCUUCUUCACAGUGGAAGUACUCUCCCGAGCUAGCAGUCGUCCAAGACGCAGAUCGACUGGAUGCAAUUGGCGCCAUUGGCAUAGGCAGGACUUUUACAUUUGGAGGUGCAAGAAACUGCCCGAUGUUCGAUCCUGAUGUACUGCCUCGUACUAAAAUGACGAAAGAGGAGUAUGUAUCCACUAAAACUACAACUAUCAACCACUUUCAUGAAAAGCUUCUGAAACUCAGAGACCUCAUGAAGUCACAGGCAGGCAGAAGACGGGCAGAUGGUCGCCACAAGUUCAUGGAAGACUUUCUCUCCCAAUUUGAGAGUGAGUGGAAGGGGGAGCUAUGAUCCCCGACAGAACCAGUUAUCUAGCACGUUUUACCAGUUUCGUAAUUAUGUUCAUGCGCCGCAAUGCAUGGGAACUUUCAUGACAUUACGCUGGUACUUGAAGUAACUGUAUUUGACGUCAAAGUUAAGGACACGUAUUGGUGUCAAUCUUGAGAACUUCACAUUUUCUUAAAGCGAAGAUAUUACCGAGAGUUGUUUGCAGAAUCCCAGGUUGUCAGAGGAUUAAACCUCUUUGAAACUUCUUGAAUAAUCUGUGAACCUCAAACGGGAUGACUUCAGGAAAUCUGAAUUUUUACCUGAAUCACAAAGGUCACCAAGACAACCAUGAAGAUCCGAGUGGCUAAAUUCUCUUAGUGUCGGUGAGUAAGCAAGAAGGUAAUUAGAAGCCCACUGUUGUGAUCUUCCACCUUUUAUUAAAUGAAAAUUGGUUUGUACCGAUAUGUGUUGAAUUUCAACUGGACAUAG